UAGGGGGCGCCAACUAGAGGACAGCAGCAUAACGGCUCCCUUUGCAAUCAAGGAAAUUACAGAGCUCACUCCGCUGCUAAUAGCAGCUAGCUGGCUAAUCUCCUGGACAACGCAGUGACAGAUAUUUACCUGUUCGUUUUAGUAUCAGUAAAUUUUUGUACUCUAUAAUCCAGCAACCUUAUACUACGUAGUCAGUUAGAAGCGCGAGGAAGAUACCAACGGAUAAGUGUAAAAAUACGGUUGUUGUUUGGCCACUGUUGCAUUCUCCAAGGAUGCUAGCACACAAGCAAGCCAGCUAGCUUACAAACCAACCAGAGUACCCAAGCAUCAGCGUUGUCCGGAUGCUUUGAACAGCGACGCAGAGGGAUUUUGGUGGAGUUAUUUGUCGGCCUUGCAUGAUGUCCAGCGGCCGACCGCAGCAAACCGCCGGUGGGGCCGGUUCAGUGCCCAGCACGAGCAGCAGCAGCAGCGGGAACGGCGGCGCUGGAGGCGGGGGGAACAAUGCCGUUACCCCUAACGGGAACAACUCUGGAAACGUUGUGCCCUCCAGGACUCUCCCGGCAGCCAGCGAGGGGGGCUUGUCCGUGCCCUCUCUGGCCGCGGUGCCGUCCUCCCGGGGCGGAUUCCCAUCCCUGAGCAGACCCUCCGCGUCCUCCGGGAGCAGGAAGAAAUCCCUCCACCAGGCGCCCCUAUACAACGGCCUGUUGAAUUCCUACGAAGAUAAAACCAACGACUUUGUUUGUCCCAUCUGUUUUGAAAUAAUAGAGGCGGCGCACAUGACAAAGUGUGGGCACAGUUUUUGUUACAAGUGUAUUCGCCAGAGCCUGGAGGACAGCAACAGAUGCCCCAAGUGUAACUAUAUUGUUGAUAAUGUGGAUCAACUGUACCCUAACUUUCUGGUAAAUGAACUGAUCCUAAAACACAAACAAAGGUCAGAGGAAAAGAGACUGAAAUUAGAUCCCCCUAACGGGUCUAGGUGGCAGGUCUUCCAGGAUGUUCUGAGUCCUGAUCAGGAGAACUUGGAUCUUGCAAACGUCAAUCUGAUGUUGGAGCUUCUGGUUCAGAAGAAAAAGCAGCUCGAGGCGGAAUCCCAGGCAGCUCAGAGACAGAUCCUUAUGGAGUUCCUUAAAGAAGCCAGAAGAAACAAAAGAGAGCAACUAGACCAACUACAGAAAGAGGUCAACUUCCUUGAAGAGGACAUAAAACGUGUUGAGGAAAUGAGCGGGCUUUACUCUCCCAUGAUGGAGGCAGAGUGUACGGUGCCUAAUGUUGAGGCUCCCUCUCCAGCACCAAGCUGUAGUAGUAUCAUCGACCCACCAGAUUACAGCCAGCCUCCAGGGUUUGGUGGAGCAACCCAGGGAAAACGACAGACCUGGUACAACAGCACUCUGGCAUCCAGGAGAAAGAGGCUGACGGCUCAUUUUGAGGACCUGGAGCAGUGCUACUUCUCCAACAAAAUGUCCCGCAUCACAGAUGAGGGACGGAACUUGAACCAGCUGGACGAUUUCAUGGAGUGUUUGUCUAAAUUCACACGCUACAACACUGUGCGGCCGCUGGCCACGCUGUCCUACGCCAGUGACCUCUACAGUGGCUCCAGUAUAGUCUCCAGUAUCGAGUUUGACCGAGACUGUGACUACUUUGCCAUUGCCGGAGUGACCAAGAAGAUCAAAGUGUUUGAGUACGGCACUGUGAUCCAGGAUGCAGUGGACAUCCACUAUCCGGUCAACGAAAUGACCUGCAAUUCAAAAAUCAGCUGUAUCAGCUGGAGCAGUUAUCACAAGAACCUGCUGGCCAGCAGCGAUUAUGAGGGGACCGUCAUUUUGUGGGAUGGAUUCACCGGCCAGCGAUCCAAAGUCUACCAGGAGCAUGAAAAAAGAUGUUGGAGUGUGGAUUUCAAUUUGAUGGACCCUAAACUCUUGGCUUCUGGCUCUGAUGAUGCUAAAGUGAAGUUGUGGUCAACGAAUCUGGACAAUUCAGUGGCUAGCAUCGAGGCUAAAGCUAACGUCUGCUGUGUUAAAUUCAGCCCCACAUCCAGAUACCAUCUGGCCUUCGGCUGUGCAGACCACUGUGUCCACUACUACGAUCUACGCAACACUAAGCAGCCGAUCAUGGUGUUCAAAGGCCACAGGAAGGCCGUUUCCUACGCUAAGUUUGUAAAUGGAGAGGAAAUCGUUUCUGCGUCCACAGACAGCCAGCUCAAGUUGUGGAACGUCAACAAACCUCACUGUCUGCGCUCCUUCAAGGGCCACAUUAAUGAGAAGAACUUUGUGGGGUUGGCCUCUAAUGGGGACUACGUUGCAUGUGGCAGUGAGAACAACUCCCUCUAUCUGUACUACAAAGGACUUUCCAAGACGCUGCUAACAUUCAAGUUUGAUACAGUAAAGAGUGUCCUGGAUAAGGACAAGAAGGAGGACGACACCAAUGAGUUUGUCAGUGCCGUGUGCUGGAGGGCCCUGCCCGAUGGAGAAUCAAAUGUUCUCAUCGCUGCAAACAGUCAAGGAACGAUCAAGGUACUGGAGCUCGUCUGAAGACCUGGCCUCCUGGAGCAGGCAUCGGAGCCUCUGUGGGCCUCCCUGAGAGCUGGAAGGAUCCGUGGGAUGCAGGGAGAGCCCAGGCUGUCUCACUUUUUAUCGAGCAUGUGGUUUUUUUCUCGGGACAGCGGAACAGACUCUGGAUCAGCGACUCAAAGAUGCAGGAAAAGACACGCUGCCAUUUUACAGCCACAGAAUGACGACAGCUCGGGCACAGAACGGAACGAGAGACAUUGGAAUGAGCUUUUUUUUUGUUUAUUUUACAGUGAUGUUGUAUUGGCUACAAUAGAACACCUCUCUCUGGUUUUAGGUCAAAUCAAAGCAUCUACUUUUUUUUUCUUUGUUUUUUUUUUUAUCAAUUUCUUUAUCUCAAUGGUACAUCCAGCCAAAUGCUACCUGUUUGAUGCAUUUUCUUUUUUAAAGGCCAAAGCACAAGACAAAAUGACGAGCAGAAGUCAUGUCUUUACCUGGAGCUUUUAUCACCCCUCUUGUUUGUCAGCCUCCUGUUUGUUCCCCUUUAUGUGUAGCUUUUGUCUUUUGUUUUGUUUUUUCAGAAUGAUUUACAGUGGAUUUUAAUAAAUAUGACUUGAAUUUCAUUCUGCCAAUCGUACGUCGGUUCCUUUCUCUAGCUCAAGGCAGAAUGUGAACUUAUGUCUCUGUUUGUCUUUCUGUUAUCGGAACAACACAAGGCUUCAUAUCUGUGUCUGUAAUCACAGAAAUGAUCGUCUGACUUGAGGCUGCAGUGCCACAUUGAACUGGACUUUGUCAUGUUUGGGCUGUUUCUUGCUUGUUGAAAAGAAUGCCAACCUCACAAAAUCGUUUUUAGUUCUUUUAAAGUAGCAACAGAAUGACUUUUCCACAUACUGUAGGCUUAAAAUGUACCAUCGGAACUGAGUGGGAAAGGAAAACUGCUGUCAGUUUUGUGGAGUGGUGAUCCUGAUGCAUUGAAAGGAUUAGACUCCACCAAAACUGUCUAUUUUAUGAUAACUGAAUGAGAGGUGUUUUGUAUUUGUAUAACUGAAUAAAUUAUUUCCAAACAA